UCAGCUAAUUGAGCAAAUCUUCUAUCGUCUGUGAUGUUACAACAAAUGCUAAGUCAGCUAACCAAUUGUCUAACUUUGUGACGAAGCGUUUUUCCUCCGAGUUUAUUUUUGCAAUUUUCCACGAAAAUAUCCAAAUUUUGUGCGUGAAAGUACUUUUGUGCCCACAGAGGAAUACCAAUUGAUUGUUUCCUGGAUAAAUUGAAAAUGGCUGAUGUGGAUGUAGUGCUCCCGGAAAAGGAUGAAACGUUGGAGUUGAAGCAAGCAAAAGAUGCCCAUGGAGGGCUCGAUGAGCUGGACACGGAGGAUUUGUACACAAAGUACAAGAAAUUGGAGAAAAUGCUGGAAUUCCUGGAGGUGCAGGAGGAGUACAUAAAGGAUGAGCAGAGGAAUCUCAAGAAGGAGUACCUGCAUGCCCAGGAGGAGGUGAAGCGCAUCCAAUCCGUACCGCUGGUGAUUGGACAAUUUCUCGAGGCUGUGGAUCAGAAUACGGGAAUUGUGGGCUCCACCACGGGCUCCAACUACUACGUGCGCAUCCUGUCGACAAUUGAUCGGGAACUGCUGAAACCCUCCGCUAGUGUGGCACUGCAUAAGCACAGCAAUGCCCUUGUGGAUGUUCUCCCACCGGAGGCGGACAGCUCAAUCUCAAUGCUGCAGGCAGAUGAGAAGCCCGAUGUUAGUUAUGCCGAUAUUGGUGGGAUGGAUAUGCAAAAGCAGGAGAUUCGUGAAGCUGUGGAGCUGCCACUCACACACUUUGAGCUGUACAAGCAGAUUGGUAUUGAUCCCCCACGUGGGGUGCUUCUGUAUGGGCCACCGGGAUGUGGGAAGACAAUGCUGGCCAAGGCAGUGGCUCAUCACACCACGGCUGCCUUCAUUCGUGUCGUUGGGUCGGAAUUUGUGCAGAAAUACCUCGGCGAGGGGCCACGUAUGGUGCGUGAUGUCUUCCGCCUGGCCAAGGAGAAUUCUCCAGCAAUUAUUUUCAUCGAUGAAAUUGAUGCAAUUGCCACGAAGAGAUUCGAUGCACAAACCGGAGCUGACAGGGAGGUGCAGCGUAUCCUGCUGGAGCUUCUCAAUCAGAUGGAUGGCUUCGAUCAGACGACCAAUGUAAAGGUAAUCAUGGCCACCAAUAGGGCAGACACCCUCGAUCCGGCCCUGCUGCGUCCGGGACGUCUUGACAGGAAGAUUGAAUUCCCCCUUCCGGAUCGUCGGCAGAAACGUCUCAUUUUCACCACAAUCACCGCCAAGAUGAACCUCUCGGAGGAUGUUGAUCUCGAGGAUUACGUGGCGCGUCCGGAUAAGAUCAGCGGAGCGGAUAUCAAUGCAAUUUGCCAAGAGGCAGGUAUGCAUGCUGUCCGGGAGAAUAGAUACAUCGUCCUGGCCAAGGACUUUGAGAAGGGCUACAAGAAUAACAUCAAAAAGGACGAGCAGGAGCAUGAUUUCUACAAAUAAUUCUGUAAUUCUUAAUUCGUUUUCUAACAAUAAAAUUCUAAGCUUUCUUCA